AACUAAACUCACGGUGAAACAAAGUGAAAGUAACUUUUGUUUUGUUUCACUCUUCUACUUGCCGUCUUUCCUUGAACACGUUUGUGUCGCGUUUAAUUGUUAUGUUGGUCCUAGAUUAUGUUCCUAUGAGACUUUUGGGCUUUUUUUCCCGGGUUUACUGACCGGAACUCAGUUUUAAUUUCCUAUUACAAACAGCUUUCAGCAACAAUAUUUACAUUUUAAAAAACAUGUGAAAUGAAGACGUCAGCAGCUUGUUGUUUCGGGGGAAUUAUUCUGUGCAUCGGCCUUUCGUUGAGAGCAGCAGGGUCGUCUCAGAUUCAACUUGUCGGUUCAGCUGAUCCAGUCGUUGCCUUGGCUGGUGACAACGUCAUACUACCAUGUUACCUGGAACCCAACGUCAGUGCUGUGGACAAGAUGGUGGAGUGGACAAGAUCUGACCUGAAACCUCAAAGGGUCCAUCUUUACCGUGAAGGUCGAGACUCCGACGGUGAACAGCUUCCGUCCUACAGGGGAAGGACAUCACUGUUUAAAGAAGAACUGAAGAACAGCAAUGUCUCUUUAAAACUGACCGGAGUUACCCUCUCUGAUGCUGGAGACUACAAGUGCUUCAUUCCAACACUGAAGGAAACAACCAUUCCACUCAUAGUUGGUGUUGUUUCUCAGCCAGUGAUCUCUAUUAAUGGAACCAAAGACUGGGGGGUGGUCCUGAAGUGUGACUCCGGAGGCUGGUACCCACAGCCUGAGCUUGAGUGGUUGGACAGUCAUGGAAACGUCCUCUCUGCUACUGAACCCACUGAGACAAGCAACUCAACAGAGACCGAGAUGAACCCUGAGGGUCGCUACACCGUGAGACGAUAUGUCACCGUCCGGAACACUGACAACAACAGGUUCACCUGUAGAGUUGUACAGCCGCAGAUCAACCAGACAAGGGAGACACAGAUUCAUGUCCCAGACGAUAUGUUUCCUAGCGUGUGGUGGAUUGUUGGUAUAAUAAUACCAGCUGUAGCAGCCAUUGUAGCUGUUGUUGUGCUGUUCUACUUUCGCAGAAAACGUCGUCAUAAACUCAAGAAAGAAGGUAGUUUUUUGUCUUGAACUCUGUGAUUGUUACGAUCAACUUCUUGGUUUUGUACCAUUUUACUUGCUUGUUUCCUUUGUGCUGCCAUUUUAAUUAUUGAUUUGUAACUA